AAAAAAAAAAAGGGUCCCAAUAUCAGAACUCAGAAAAAUACGAACGUGCCUGAACCUGACACAAAACUCAAACAAAUAAAACAAACUGCAACACAAACUACAUAUUUUUAAACUAAGCAAAGCCUAUCUAUCUGCCACUUUCUCCUUCCAAAUUUUGUUUGGCUUUGGAAAGAAAAAAUUUUGAGCCUUUUUGUUGUGUUUUUGAAACAUGGCAGAUAAAUGGAAACACACUGCUCUACUUGUUAUUGACAUGCAGAAAGAUUUUAUACAUGAGGAUGGUCAGAUGCUAGUGAAUGGAGGGAGAGCCAUAGUCCCUAAUGUAAUCAAGGCCGUUGAAGUUGCUAGGCAGCGUGGCAUUCUAGUUAUUUGGGUUGUUCGUGAGCAUGACCCACUAGGGAGAGAUGUUGAACUCUUCCGCCAACACUUGUAUAAUACUGGGAAAGUGGGUCCAACUGUUAAGGGAAGUGUGGGUGCGGAACUGGUUGAUGGUCUGGUGAUUAAAGAAGGGGAUUAUAAAUUGGUGAAAACUCGCUUUAGUGCUUUCUUUGCUACACACCUUCAUUCUUUACUUCAGGGAGCUGGGAUUAAUAAUUUAAUUAUCACUGGUGUUCAAACUCCAAAUUGCAUCAGGCAGACUGUCUUUGACGCUGUAGCAUUGGAUUAUCAAUCUGUUACUGUUAUUUUUGAUGCCACAGCUGCUGCUACACCUGACAUACAUGCUGGUCAGGAUUGAAGCUGUAAGCAGCUAACAUCACCUAACUUGCACCUGUGAGGCUUUGAGAGAAUGUGAAUUCUCUGUCAAAGAGAAAGGCAAGCAGGAAGCUGUAAAACGGAAACUGAAGCCAGGUAGUGAAAGCUAAAUCUCUAAUAGUAAAUAGAAGUGAUCAAGGCAUGCACAAAUAUGUGUUGCAGAAGAAAAGCAAAACUAAUCGGGUUAUAUGUUUCAGUAUCCUAUUUUGAGAGAAAAAUUUCUAGAGAUUGCCAAUUGAAAACUACAGAUCUUUCAUGUCAACCAUUUGAUAGAGAGAGAACAAGGAAAGGAAGAAGGUUGGUGGAGGGGUGUGGUAGGAGAAAAUUGUAAAAGUUGAAUUGGAUGGUUUCAAUGAAGUUGGAUAAAAAUCAUGCUGCUGCAGAGUGAGGAAGCUGAAAUAAAGGGAACAUCAAAUUGAGAGGCUAUAGAGAUUUUAAAACUGGAUCCUGUUCAAUACAGAGUUUACAAUGUAUGUUCAAAUUGGGAUCUUUAUUAGCUAAGAUAACCAACAUAUUCUAGAAACAAGACCAAAAGAUUCCAAAUGCUAACAGUGUCAAAAGGACAAACCCUAUGAAGCAGUUUUAGCACUAUUAAAUUUCUCCAACAUAAACUUGUAGGUUGUAGCACUAGUUCCAUGUCUAGCAACAUGAUAUUCUUGACCGUUAUUCUAUACAUGAUUACUGAAGAUAACGAACAAUUUGUUGAGAAGUUGAUCUGAAAGAUCUUGAAUAAGAUAUGAAGUUCUCUUGGUUAAUGUUGGCGUAGACAUUUAUUUAGGACCCCCUUUUAGCGUGAUGGUAGUGCUGUAGUGGGCCAUCAGUUCUCGUGAAGUUUUUACUUUCUGCGCUUUCAGAUAUAUUUGGUACAGAUGUUACCACUUGCUUGAUGACUGUUGUAUUUGGUCUAGCAGGCAGAAGCAGCAUGUGAUAUACUGAUGUUACUUAUUUUUAAUAUAUAAAUUUCUUGCACUUU